CCGCACCUCACUGCCCAUCAUCCCUUUGGAAAACAUGGAAUGACAGAUGUUAUUUGGUAGUUACUACGCCAAUGAGCUGGUUUGCUGCAAGAACAAUCUGUCAACAGAAUGGUGGUGAUCUUGUGGUUGUAAGCUCCGGUAGUGAAAGGGAUUUGAUUGCGACAAGACUUCAGGAUUCAAAGAUAAAUGAUAGCGUUUAUGUCGGCCUACAUAAUAGCCUAGAUUUCAGCAAGUACCGAUGGCUUGGCACUGGAGAAUUUUCAUCAUAUAGAG